UCCGGGACUGUAGAUGCUGAUGUAGAGGAGAUACUGUAACUGAAGAUACUCGUUUGGACGAGACGGUUUUCACUUUCCGAAUUUAACCUAAAGACUAUGGUCAGAGGAUUGUCCUGCCUUCCGAAAUGAAGUGACCGAAACGGCCGUCAUUUUCAUGAGUUAGAUGUACCCUUUUGUCCGUCAUGCAGUGAAAAGGCUGGUGUGUGGUUUCUGAUCCCACUGUCCCAUGCCCAAGGUACCAGGCUAAGCUGCUCUCUCGGGAGCCUCUCGCUCCUUGGUGCUCAAAGCUAUGGAGCACUCGCGGGAGAAAGAGGGUGAGCGGCCGGCGAGAAGCAGUAAGAGCGCUCAGAGCCGCAGCACACACUCUCGCCCCUCAGGCUCUGGCUCUUCUGGUGUGUUGAUGGUCGGCCCAAACUUCCGUGUGGGGAAGAAGAUCGGAUGUGGAAACUUUGGAGAGUUGAAGCUUGGUAAAAACCUCUACACCAAUGAGUAUGUGGCAAUAAAACUGGAGCCUGUGAAGUCGAGGGCACCACAGCUACAUUUGGAGUAUCGGUUUUAUAAGACUCUGGGGAGCACAGUGGAGGGGCUGCCGCAGGUGUACUACUUUGGCCCGUGUGGGAAGUAUAAUGCCAUGGUGCUGGAGCUGCUAGGUCCCAGUCUGGAGGACUUGUUUGACCUAUGUGACCGAACAUUCUCCUUGAAGACAGUCCUAAUGAUUGCCAUUCAACUGCUUACUCGAAUGGAAUACGUCCACUCUAAAAACCUCAUCUACCGGGACGUCAAACCAGAGAACUUUCUGAUCGGCCGUCAGGGAAGUAAAAAGGAGCACAUCAUCCACAUCAUUGACUUUGGUCUUGCAAAAGAAUACAUCGACCCAGAGACCAAAAAACACAUACCCUACAGAGAACACAAGAGUCUGACCGGCACAGCGCGCUACAUGUCCAUCAACACGCAUUUGGGGAAAGAGCAAAGUCGGCGGGAUGAUCUGGAAGCUCUCGGUCACAUGUUUAUGUACUUCUUGAGGGGUAGUCUGCCAUGGCAGGGGCUAAAGGCAGACACUUUAAAAGAGCGCUAUCAGAAAAUUGGAGACACCAAGCGGAACACUCCCAUUGAGGUUCUCUGUGAGAACUUUCCAGAGGAGAUGGCUACUUACCUGCGAUAUGUACGGCGGUUAGAUUUCUUUGAGAAGCCCGAUUAUGAAUAUCUCAGGACACUCUUCACUGAACUCUUUGAAAGAAAAGGAUAUUUGUUUGACUACACAUAUGACUGGGUUGGCAGACAAAUACCCACUCCAGUUGGAGCCGUUCCAGUGGAUUCUGGAGCUUCUGCUAUAACCAGAGAGUCACAUGCCAACAGAGACAGACCUUCACAACAUCAACCCCUGAGAAAUCAGGUGGUAAGCUCAACCAAUGGGGAACUGAAUGCAGAUGACCCUCUGGUAGCCCAUUCGAAUGCUCCAAUCACAACACAACCGGAAGUGGAAGUGGAGGAGGCUAACUGCGUGAAAAUGCUCAACUUGUGGUGCUGCUGCUUCUUCAAACGUAAGAGAAAGAAGAGUUCACCGAGGCACAAAUAAGCCAAAAUGUAUUCCUCUCCAUAUUUUCACUGCACUGCUAUUAUGAGCCUCAACAUUAAAGGCCAUUUACAGCUGGAACUAAAAGGCCAAUAUAAUGCUUCAUUGCUGCGCUAAAACUUGACAGCCUCCUUAACAGUUAAGGAGCACCUACACAGGGACUGUCUCUGUUGCACUCUGCCUUUUCAUUCUGAUAUUUCUUAUUUAUUUUUGCAUUUUAAUGUUUUAUGGAUGCUUGUCUGUUUUGAAGAGUUGGUCUGUGGAGAACCAUCAUGCUGACUUUCUACAGCAAACAUUCACACAGCUCAAAGACCUUUCCUGCUUCUCUGCCUGGCCACUUUGUGUGUUGCAAUCCUCCCAUUUUUCCCUGCUUCUGGAUGGAGAGGAAUUUAACACCUGGUGGUACCAAGACUUUUAAGUGCAGAAUGCUUUUCCUCUCUACUGCAGCUCCUGUGUGUUCUAAAUAUAAAUGUUCAUUCCAUGUAUGGAUUCAGCAUUAUUUCAACUAUAGUCAGCAUUACAUUCUCUGCAGUGUCAGAACAAAAUGAAGCCUCAUUCCAAGUCAGUUAAUGCAGUGUUUGUAAUGCCACAAUAACACAGCCCCUUAUAAGCUCAGAAAACGUUCUUGGGUACCUUUACGGUACUAUUCUAGCUUUGCUUUUUGAACACAUGCAGCUUUACAUGGCAAUUUACCAGUCAAAUGAUGUGAUGCAUAUCAAAUUAUUUAAUGCCAGAUUGAUCACUGUGAUAGGUUUUUUACAGACUGUACAGACUUAUAUAGAUUCCAUCACCUUUUACUUACUAUAAAUGGAGCAUGCCUAUGUGCAUGUCAUCUACUACUUAUCAAGUCAAACAUGAUACUGUGUUACAAUCCUUAGAGAUCUUCAGGUAGGAUUCAUUGGUAUACACCCCACUGACCACUUUAUUAAAAACACCAUAUUAACUUAAUAUCAA